UUGCAAGUUGCAGUUGUCGGAAAGGUCCUAGGCGCAACCACCACACAGAAAAUGGGCCACAACUUGUUUAAUAAUUGGCCAAUUCUGCCUAUUUCUACCAAUUCUUAUGCCGGUUUUCCACUCUAAUAUCAGUCUUUAGGUAAUGAACAUGAGCAAGGUUGUUGCUGUGGAUGAGAAAUUCUGCUUCCCUGAAGAGACCCAUCUCACAGUCCGCAAGACCUCCGUGUUUUUUCCCGGUGACGGCUUCAUCGUCUACGAUCCCAACGGAGAGGUUCUCUUCCGGUUCGAUUCCUAUGGUCCCGAUUCAAAACCCAAAGAUGAACUCGUUCUCAUGGACGCGUCUGGAAAAUGCCUCCUCACCCUUCUUCGAAAGAAACCAAGUCUUCACCAACGGUGGGAAGGAUACAUGGGGGAGAAAGCAGAGCAUCCGGACCCAAUUUUCAGUGUAUGCAGAUCGUCCAUCAUCCGACGGUCAAGCCUGGUGGUAGAGGUUUACGGUGAUCCUGAUGAGGAGUACCAAAUAGAAGGCUCUUUUCCCCAGCGAUGCUGUGCAAUAUACAAAACCUAUAUGGCGAAGUCAUCAAGGGAUCCUGUGGCUGAGAUCAAAAGAAAGUUGGACCCUUCGACCAAUGUAAUGCUUGGGAAGGAUGUCUUUCUGCUGGUUCUAAAGCCUGGGUUUGAUAGUGCUUUGGCAAUGGGAUUGGUGCUUAUUCUUGAUCAAAUGUACGGCGAUGAUGCUGAUGAUCGGGAAGCAGACGAGACGGGACAUACCUAGAGGAUUCCUCCUCAUGAGUAUUUUGUGUUUUCCAUGUCCGAUAUUUUGUUGUUGUUUCUAGAGACAUGAAAGAUGGUGCUGGUAUAAUCUUACUUAAUUGUGGGAAUCUUAUUAAAUUAAAAUGAUUUGAGGACGUUAUAGAGUCA